AAAGCCGCUCAGCCUGCCCAUUGCUCUUCCUCCUUUCCGACUGUCACGCACGAUGCAGGAGAAGACCGAGCUUCCCCUCGCUUUGCAGCCACCCGCUGCGCGCAAGAGCCCCAAGAUCACCCUCGGCCGCAUCCUGCUCGCCACUAGCGCCUUCGCGCUCCUCGCCUUCACGCAGGGCUCCGCAGUUGUCACUCCCUUCGUCGAUCUAUGGCAGGACGCGCCGGCGCAGUGCCCGCAAGCGGGGACGCUCGCGCCGAUCAAGAACGCGGAGGUGUACACCAAACUUGGGGAGGUGCUUGGGAAGAAUGAGACGCGCGCUCGCGCGAUCGAGUGGCUGGGUGGCGCGGUUCGGGUCCCGACGGAGGUGUACGACGGGCAGGACGAGAUCGGUGUCGACCCGCGAUGGGAUGUAUUCCAGCCCUUCCACGACUACCUUGCCGAAGCGUAUCCUCUAGUUCACUCGAAGCUGAAAUUGACGAAGGUCAACACGUACGGCCUUGUCUUCGAGUGGACGGGCAGCGAUUCGUCACUGAAACCGAUAUUGCUUGCCGCGCAUCAAGACGUUGUACCCGUUGAACGCCGCACGGUAGACGAGUGGACGCACCCUCCGUUCUCGGGCUACUAUGAUGGCUACAAACUUUGGGGCCGCGGCUCCAACGACGACAAGAGCGGCCUCAUCGGCCUCAUGUCCAUCGUCGAGCUCCUCCUCGAGCACAGCUUCACCCCCACGCGCACCGUCGUCCUCGCGUUCGGCUUCGACGAGGAAUCCUCCGGCCUCGAGGGCGCCGGCAAAAUCUUCGACCACCUCUACUCCGUGUGGGGGCCCAACUCCUUCGCACUACUAGUAGACGAGGGCGGCGGGUACGUGGAGGAGUACGGCACGACGUUCGCGACGCCGAGCGUGGCGGAGAAGGGGUACAUGGACACGAAGGUGGAGGUGCGGACGCCGGGCGGGCACUCGAGUGUGCCACCGGCGCAUACGAGUAUCGGGGUGUUGGCGAGUCUGUUGCGGAGGUAUGAGGAGGAGCCGUUUGGGGUGGAGUUGACCCGCGACGACACCCUGUACAAAACCUGGCAGUGCUAUGGCCAGCACGGCGCGCAGGUGUCAGCGCCGCUGCGUGCGCUGAUCAAGGCGUCGCAAAAGUCGAACGCGGCACUUAAGGGGCUCGAGAAGAUCCUGUUCCAGAACAAGUUCUACAAGAGCAUGAUCCAGACGACGCAGGCGAUCACCAUGAUCAACGGCGGUGUCAAGUCGAACGCGCUGCCGGAGGAAGCUUACGGGAUCGUGAAUCACCGUAUCUCGACUCAGAGCUCAACCUCUCAAACCAUGGACUUCGACACGAAGCGCCUCGCCGCGCUCGCUGAGGAGUUCAACCUCACCUACACCGCGUUCGAUAAACAGGUGUCCAGCGCAGACGCCCUGUCUAGCGCAGACGCCCCCUCCUCCGGCACCCUCACGCUGAGCGCCGCCUUCACCACGCCGCUCGAGCCCGCGCCGGUGACGCCGACGACGCUCGACUCGGCCCCGUGGCGCGUGCUGUCGGGCACGAUCAAGACGACGUUCAACGCGCAAAGGGGGAUCGAGGGCGCGGAUAACAUCAUCGUGGCGCCGGGGAUGGGGACGGGCAAUACUGAUACGCGCUUCUACUGGGAUCUCACGCCACAUAUCUUCCGCUACGCGCACCAGAAUGGUGGGAAGGAUGUAAGCACGGGCGGUGGGCUGGAUCGUGGCGUGCAUACGGUGAAUGAAGCGAUCGUCAUUGACUAUUGGAUGGAGCAGCUGCGCUUCUUCAUGACGCUCAUCCUGAAUGCGGACGAGAACGACUUGUAAAGGGACUCUAUGGUGUACUCAUCUGCCUGCAUACACUAGGAUGCAUCUCAGCUACCUGUAUACCAUCUCGGGCGACACAAAUGCUCUGGGUGACGCUGUAGGUCCAUAAGAACGCGAUCACCUGAUUGUCUGACCGGCCAAAUCACACUGUGAUAUCGUAUC